UACUCCUCCCUAUCCCAAUCCCAUUCUGUUUCUCUCUUUCCUUUCCUGUGCUUCGCUUCCCUUUCCCUCUUCCUCUCUCUCCCUCUCUCUCUUCCAUCUUCGUCUUCUUCCUCUACUUUCUUCAUCUUUGGUUGCUUAUCUUGCUUCUUCUUCUUCAAUGUACUUUGGUUUUUGAAGAUUUAACAUCUGAGCUUUUUUGCUUCUUCACUGCCUGCAAAUCCCAUUUUUAUACUGUAUAGACUUAAGCACAGGCUCUUACGCAAAAGGGUCACUUUCCUUUUCUCCUUUUUCGGUGUUUCUUCUCGAAACAUGUAGCUUUGCUCUGCCUCAUAUUCUAGGCUAUUUCAGUGUAAUUAGACGAAAAUAUCGUGCUGCAGCUGAGCAUGUCAUCCGCUCAUAUGGCAAGGAGAUCACCUAGGAGCCCUGUGGCUGUUGUCUGUGAAAAAUAUCAGUCAGACUGUAUGUGUACGUGGGGUUUAUAUAGCCUUUUUGAUUUUGGCCAAGGUCAUUCCAAUAGGAAGCUGCUUUCGGAUCAGAGGCAUUUGAGCAAUGUUGGCAAUGAAAAUCUAAGGAGCAGGCUUGAUUUGCCUACCAAAUUUAGUGACAAGUGCCAAGGCGUUGAUGAUAGGUUAGACAACAAAACUCAGACAGUUGAUCCUGAUAAGACAAGUCUGAAGUGGCUUAUGAAAGAAGAGAUGCCCUCAGAGCAGCAGACAAAUAAGAAGAUUGACACUGCUAACAUGAUACAUUUACAGUCAAAUUCUAAACUUGUUGAUAACUUACCCGUAAACCAUGGAAAGGCAAGCAAAAAUUGUCAGAGAUCAUGUCAUGUACCUGGUCAUGGUCGGAAAGGUGUAGAGGAUACGGAUCAUCAUCAACCUUCUCACCAAAAUUUUGUGGAUAUAUCUUUAAGUAAGCUAAACCGUUCAGCAUCAAGAAAGGCAUUUUGCAACGAGGUUCAUCCCAAAAAUAGUAGAUCCAUUUUUGGUUGUAAGAGUAUCAAUUGUGUGGAUUAUGACCAGCAGAAGAAGAUUAAUGUCCAGCGAGUGCAGAUGAAUGAAGCAGAGGAAACCAGCAAUCAGAAGUCUAUUCAAGGAAAAUAUCUCAGCAGAGAUGGGGCAAACCACCAGUCUAAACAAUUGUUGGAUGCAUUGGAUAUUUUAAAUUCGAAUAAGGAAUUAUUCAUAGAACUUCUACAAGAUCCUGAUUCUCUGUUAGUAAAACAUCUCCAAGACUUAAAGAAUUCUCAGGCAAAAGGACAGCAGACUAUAUCUUCUUCUGGAGCCAAUUUGUCAGAGCAUUGGACAAGUAAUGCAAGACAAUGUGAAGAGCCUAACAGCUUGAAAUCUUGUGAUAGAUACCUUCCUAAAGAAAGCGGUGAUUCUCAACCUUCAGAUACAAUAGUAGUCUUAAGUCCUGGUCCAAUAAGCAUACAAAAAUCUUCCGAGAGAAUCAACCCUUACUUUUCCCAGAAAUAUCCUUAUAGCUUGAGAACUAAAGGACAGAGUGUUAGGCCGAAACUUUUUUCAUUUGGUCAUAUAAAAAGGAAGUUGAAAGAUGCUUGGGGCGUUAACAAAAAUGAGCAGCAGUGGACUUCAAUCAAUGGUAAACUAGAAAAGUCUUCCUAUGAUUGCCAGGGUUCACAAGGUGGUGAUAAGGGAAUAGGUAUACAGAUUGUUGGAAGAAAUUUUCCAAGUAAUGUCCUUGAUAUCGGUGGAAUACCGACAUCUUCUCUUGAGGUCAAGAAAACAGACAAGAUAAAAAAGGCUAAAGAUUUUGAAUUAAACAGACAUGAAAUUGCUGCAACAAGUGAAGACAGUUGUAGAAACUCAAAAUUUUCACUUGUUGGCUGUCCCAUGGAACAUGAAUCUGGCCUGUCUGCUAUGCCUUGGAAACAUCACUCUGAGAUGAUACAUAAUGGAAAUGAGGAUGUGGAUCUUUUGGGAAAACCGGUGCCAAAGGCUUCGGUGAGGAUGUUCUCUUUCCCAGAACAUGGCCUUCUGCCUGUAGUCAAUCCCGGAUGGGAGAGGGAACUAGGCUUUGCUACUAGACAGAUGAGAUUUUCCCCCUAUGGCCAUUAUCAAGCGGUCAAUGAGAACAGGAGCAAGUUUCAAAAAGAAAAGAAAAACAGCUGCUUAAGUUCAUUAAAGCAAAACAUAGAAGCUCUACCAUCAGCUGAUACUGAGAGACAAACUGAUCAAUUGCAAGUUUUUAAAACAAAGCAAAAUAUCUCAGAGAGCCAUCUUGCUGAUAUGAAAGUUAAAGAAGAUGAUUUGAGGCCUAUGGGUGAAACUAACCCUCUGGGAAUGGCCUCUGAAUCACAUAGCACACACCAGGUUGGCCACAAUCAAAGUACUGACGCAGCCAACAAGUGCGAGAAAAAUGGAUAUUUGGAGUCCUCAAGAUUGCAUUCAUCUUCGGAUAAUAAACCAUUAAAAUUUAUAUCAGAAGUUUCUUCAUCAAAUCCUUCAGGCGUUCAGAAAGUGGCAGAUUCUAAAAGCCUAAAAGAUAACCCUGAAAGGAACAUACAUAAACCUGCUGAGUUGCUGGUGCAAGCACUACAAACUAUGGUUGAAGACCACUAUGCUGCUGCUCAAGAAAGGCUCCCUUUGGGCCCUAAAAUCAAAACAACUAUUACUAUGGAUAAGCAUGUGUCCUUCUCUGAGUAUAUAAGUGCAGUGUUACGAGCUUCUGGCUUGAAUUGGGAUGAAUUGUCAAUGAAGUGCCAUUCAACAGAGCAACUGCUAGACCGAUCCUUAUUUGAUGAAAUGAAGAUGUCAAAUAACCAAUUCUGUGGUGAUUUGUCACUCCUGUUUGACUGUAUUAAUGAAGUCCUGGUAGAGGGUUGUCAGUAUAGUUUUGGAUGCUCAAGUUGGCUAUCAUGUAUCAAACCGAUAAUUCAUCCACUUCCAGUAGAAAAAAGUGUGAUUCAUGAGGUGAUAAAACGUGUUGAUUGGUACCUUCUCUCACAGCCACCACCACAGACAUUUCAGCAGCUUGCUGAACAGGACUUGGCAAGAUCUACAACAUGGCUGGAUAUCCGAAAUGAAACUGAAGUUAUUGCUAUUGAAACUGUAGAAGGUGUCUUAGAAGAAUUAUUGAUGGAAAUCGUAUUUGAAUUGUACAUAUGAAGUAUUAUAGAUUCAUCUAUAUUGCACCAGGAAAAUUCAGCAGCUCAGAUGGGUUAACACAACUGGAAUUUCUCUUAUUCUCAAAUGUCACCGGCCUCCUCGGACUCAUUGCUUGUAUUCAGAGUUUGAACAUCACUUGGCAUUUUUUAUGAUGCAAAUUGUGUCAAGAUGGGAUAAGAAUGAAGUCUUUUGCUGACAUAGAGAAGGUCUGUGAGAGCAUCUUUGAGUCUGUUACAUGGCUCAAGAAAAAGAAAACAAAAAACUGCUACAUCACUCAUGUUCCUGUGUUUUGUAUAGUUUACUCUCAACCUACAAAACUAUUAAUCAUUCAACCUUUGCCAUUUUUGUCAUUCUAAAAGAAUCCCUACUGGAUAUAAAAUAUUUCAUCAAUAUAUAGUAUGCAAUUUUUUUC